ACCUGCUGUUGCUUUUGUAUCGAGACAGCAGUUGUGCGAGUAGCUCCCCGAGCGAUAGAGACGCUCUGUCUUUCUUUGAAAUACGACUGUUGAGCGAAAUUAGGCUACUUCCAUGUCAAAAACGACAUGAUACAUUUUAAUUUGAUUAGAUAACAGGAACGACUGGGCAAGUGAAAGUUAAUGGACUCACGGUGAUAACCUUUGCUGAGGCUUUGACACUUGUCUUGAGCCACACGUGGAACAGUCGCCAAACGAGAAGUGAGAAGAGCUGACGACCUCUCCUACCCCCCUCUCUCUACGACUCUUACCUCCCCCAAGAUGAGUGCCAAGUCAGCCAUCAACAAAGAGGUGUUCACACCCCACGAUGAGAAGAUGCUGGUGGCUGUGCAGGUGAAGAGGAGGACCAAGAAGAAAAUCCCAUUCCUGGCUACUGGAGGACAGGGAGACUACAUGACCUUCAUCUGUCUCUCAGUGACGAAUAAGAAGCCGUCCCAUGUGUCCAUCACCAAGGUGAAGCAGUUCCAGGGCUCCUCGUCCUUUGCUAAGAGGUCAAUGUGGACCAUAGACCAGCUGAGACAGGUCAACGGCUGUGACCCCAACAGAGACUGUCCGGAGUUUGACUUGGUGUUCGACAAUGCCUUUGACCAGUGGGUGGCUGGUUCGGCCGGUGAGAAGUGCACCUUUAUCCAGAUCCUCCACCACACCUGCCAGCGCUACAGCUCUCAGAGCAAGCCAGAGUUUGUCAAUUGUCAGCCCAAACUGCUGGGAGACGAUGAAACAGUAGAUUCAGUCGCUUUCCGUUGCAAGGUCUUUUUGAACAGAAUGAGGAAAGAAGUUGUUAUAAACAGUCGACGGCAAGGUCGGCAGCUACUUUUAGAAGGUAACAGUAUACUCCACUCUGCAGCAGACAGUGUUACCAGCGCUGUACAGAAGGCCAGCCAGGCGCUGAACGAGCGAGGGGAGCGGUUAGGCCGGGCUGAGGAAAAAACAGGGGAGAUGAAGAACAGUGCUGAGCAGUUUGCCGUCACUGCACACAAGCUGGCUAUGAAGCACAAGUGUUAAACUUUGGGGAGAGGGGUCUGCCAAGCGUGCCAGACGCCGUAGGACGGAUUUCAGAUUGUAUUAUUUUUAUUAUUAUGAUUUCUUUUUAACAAAGGUAAAAAAAAUAAAAAGGUGUAUGUUGUUUCUAACGAAGAAGAUCUGUUGACGAGGAGGGGGGAGAGGAAGAGGGAGGGAACACAGAUGAGACAGUUGUGAGCAAAUGUUUCACGGCUAACUCUUCUUUUACUCCCUCCAUUGCUCCCAAAGUACUCCUUGACCUUACUGUGGCAAACCAUGGAAAUGACUGACUAUGGUCACUGCCCUCCCCUCCCCACCCCGACACACACACACCACCACCGUCUAAA